UUCUGUAUUAAUCAGGCCCAGUAUUUCAUUUGGCUUAUUCUAUCCUCUUCUGAAUGAUAGCCGCACGAUUCGAACACUGCACACUAGAAAAUGAUGAUACACUGACAUGAAUUGACUUCAUCUUUCAAAUCCUCAUUUGACUCAAAGCAGAUUUACACAGAAUUAAUUAAUUCAAGUGAAGUCUCGCGGUGUUAGACACCUUUCAGACAUCUUAUUUUCUAGUCCGAAACAACGAAUUAAAUAAAUAGGGUACACCAGGCCAAAAGAACCCGAAAUAAUAGUGACUUUUUAAUCGAUAAUCCUGGGGUAUUACUAUUCCGACCGAACGCAUGUGAGUCUACAGGACACUGAACCGAGAGCUCGCGUGCCAAAACCCUCAGCGGAUUGUCUCUCCCCGGGCUCUCGAACCGUAUUGUGCGUCAUUUCAUAGCUGCAUUUUGUUUUUCCAUCGAGGCAACAUGGCAACUCCCGCCGCGGUCAAUCCAUCGGAGAUGGGCACUGAGUUGCCAGGACCGGUUGCUAUGCCGGGGGCAGUGGUGGGGGCGGGCCAGGUGAGGAUGGGCGGAGCCAUGCCUGGCCGCGGGGGCAAACGGAGAUCAGGAGGGUCGAAGACUGAAGGAAAAGAAGAUUACGGGAGUUUUCCACGGAUGGACUUCGAUGACGAGGACGGAGAAGGACCUAGCAAAUUCUCAAGGUAUGAUGAUGAUCAGAUAUCUGGUGGUGAUAAGGAGAGAUAUGCCAGAGAGAACCACAGCGAGAUAGAGCGGCGUCGCCGUAACAAGAUGACCCAGUACAUCACGGAGCUGUCGGACAUGGUGCCCACCUGCAGCGCGCUGGCCCGCAAGCCCGACAAGCUGACCAUCCUGCGCAUGGCCGUGUCGCACAUGAAGUCCAUGAGAGGGACAGGGAACACGUCCACCGACGGGGCCUACAAGCCCUCCUUCCUGACGGAACAGCAGGGCCUACAAACCCUCCUUCUCAGCAAACAGGAGUUGAAGCACCUGAUCCUGGAGGCGGCCGACGGCUUUCUGUUUGUGGUGGCGGCCGAGACGGGCCGCGUGAUCUACGUGUCGGACUCUGUGACGCCGGUGCUCAACCACCCGCAGUCCGAGUGGUUCGGCAGCACUCUGUACGAGCAGGUGCACCCCGACGACGUGGACAAGCUCAGAGAACAGCUCAGCACCUCUGAGAACUCCAUGACUGGGCGAAUCCUGGACCUGAAGACAGGAACAGUGAAGAAGGAGGGGCAGCAGUCAUCCAUGAGAAUGUGCAUGGGUUCCAGACGAUCCUUCAUCUGCAGAAUGAGGUGUGGCACAGCCCCCCUGGACCACAUCUCCCUCAACAGACUGUCCAAUAUGAGGAAGAGGUACAGGAACGGUCUGGGACCCUCUAAGGAGGGAGAGGCACAGUACUCUGUGGUACACUGUACUGGAUACAUCAAAGCCUGGCCCCCGGCAGGUAUGACUAUACCAGAAGAGGACACGGAGGCAGGACAGACCAGUAAAUACUGCCUGGUGGCCAUUGGAAGGCUGCAGGUGACCAGUUCUCCUGUUUCCAUGGAUAUGAACGGCUUGUCGGUUCCCACAGAGUUCCUGUCACGCCACAACUCUGACGGCAUCAUCACCUUCGUGGACCCGCGUUGCAUCAACGUGAUUGGAUAUCAGCCUCAGGACCUGCUGGGGAAAGACAUCCUGGAGUUCUGUCAUCCGGAGGACCAGAGUCACUUGAGGGAGAGCUUUCAACAGGUGGUGAAGCUUAAGGGCCAGGUGUUGUCGGUGAUGUACAGGUUUCGCAUGAAGAACAGAGAAUGGAUGUUAAUCCGCACCAGCUCCUUUACCUUCCAGAACCCUUACUCCGACGAAAUCGAGUACAUCAUCUGUACCAACACCAACGUCAAGCAGCUGCAACAGCAGCAGCAAGCAGAGCUGGAGGUCCACCAGAGAGACGGCCUGACAGCCUAUGACCUUUCCCAGGUUUCUGUUCCCAGUGUGGGAGGAGGGGUUCACGAGGCGGGCAAGAACAUUGAUAAGACGGACGCCAUGUUCUCGCAGGAGAGAGACCCACGCUUCACUGACAUGUAUUCCGGCAUCUCUGGCUCUGGUGAGAAGAAGAUGAUGGUGCCGUCGUCUACGGCUGGAGGUCAACAGCUCUACUCUCAGAGCUCUCCUUUCCAGCCUGGACACUCUGCCAAGAGCUUCAGCUCCUCAGUCAUCCAUGUCCCAGGGGUCAAUGAUAUCCAGCCAUCAGGAUCAUCCAAUCAGAACCUAGCUCAAAUCUCCAGACAGCUCAACCCAGGACAGGUGGCCUGGACUGGUAACAGACCCCCGUUCUCAGGCCAGUCAACAAAGGCCCAGUCGAGUCCAUUUGGAAUUGGCUCGGGUCACAGUUACCAAGGAGAACCGUCGUCCUACAGCCCUCUGUCGUCCCCAGCCACCUCAUCGCCCAGUGGCAACGCCUACACUGGACUGGCCAAUCGCAGCACAGCGUUCGAUGUGUCAGGAGAGGCCAGUCAGAGUGGGGGUCAGUUCCAGGGUCGUCCCAGUGAGGUCUGGUCCCAGUGGCAGAACCAGCACCACGGCCAGCAGGGAGCAGAGCCACACUCACACUCCAACCCCUCUCAGACAGAGGUGUUCCAGGACAUGUUACCCAUGGCAGGGGACCCAACACAAGGAACAGCCAACUACAACAUUGAAGACUUUGCUGACCUGGGCAUGUUCCCUCCAUUCUCUGAGUAGAUCCGGUCGAGUAGAACUGCAUAGAGCCUUUUUACUUUCUAUCAAUGGACCACUGCUCCGUUCUCUCACUAGAACCCAGUGACAGUGUUGAAAGGGACAGAACUUGAUGUGCAUCUGUUCAUCAUGGCUACCCAUACUUUCUCUCUCACGCGCACACACACACACACACACACACACACACAUACAUUUGGUUACUGCUCAUAUGCAGUACAGCACAGUGAAUGUCCUGAUGUUCUUGUUGUAUUACUCAGUCACUCACAGUAUAUUUUGAGGUAUUGAGGCGUAGUGCAUCUCUCUGACACGCGUACCUCUAUCUUUUACCAGAAGACUGUUAGUUCUUUGGUUUUAUAGAAGACAUUACUAGCAGUGUAUUGAUCUUCUUGUUUGUAAAGUCUUCUUUUACACAGGUAAAGGAUGUUUUCACAAGCUCUUUUAUCAAAGCCAGGUGAAUUUAAAAGGUGCAAUCUGGAACUUUUGUUUUUCCUUUUGGCUACUUGAGGUACUAAAAAAAUACGCCAAGAUGGGGGGAAAAGAGAAAAUCCAUCAAUGCACGCACACACCUUCACGUACAUGCAGAACAAUUGCAGGGGCAGGUAGCACUUUUUCAGGAGGAAACCAGAAUUACAGAUUGUACCUUUUCAUCUAACAAUAUCAACUUUGCACUCCAUUUUGAACUCUUUACUCUGCCAAACUGCCCCUGGCAUAGAGACACUGAACAUACUGAUCAAUGUUUAUAUCAUCUAUGUCAAUGUUGAUAUUAUCCAAACAUAAUAUCCAUAUCUUGCUGCUGCUCCCCCUCAGUAUUACAUGAAUCUUAUGUAAAAGGUACUUAUAUGUAGUGAUGUCCAUAACCCCUAGCUGAUUCCCACAAAAGUCUACAAGAUUUCUGUGUAUUAAAAACAAAGUUCAAAAGUCGCUGAGCUUAAAUGCUUGAAGUGCACUUCAUCAAAGCUAACUGCUAAAACACACCAGCCUGAUAAAAGGGAAAAACCGCCAUACCGUCAAAGCAACGCAGUACAGUAUAUAUACUAGUGUAACCUUGUGGCUCUUGCUACUUUAUAACUUUAUUAAUAUUAUCUUUUUUGACUAAUAACAGAGAUUGAAUAAUACUUUAUAGCGAGGGAACUUUUACAUUAUAGAUUGUGUACUGUUUCUCUGGUAAGCGAUUGAUGGAACAGAAUCUAGAACUGGAGUUUGAAUCCUUUUGCUAAAAGAAAUCUCAGAAUUGAUGUUUUUGUAAAUAAUGUGAUUUUUAUGUUGACUUGUGUUACUUUCACACAGUAUACAUUGUUUUCUGUGUAGGCUUUAAAGAUAUCAUCAAUGUCUGCAAUGUGAGUACAUAUUUAACUAUUGUAUUUAGUUUAGUCUGUUAAUUGUACAUUGAGUUGUAGGAGCCUGUAUAAAAUUGUGUAAAUGUGACCCAUUAUUUUUGUGUAACAAAUUAUUGUGCUUGUGACAAUAAAUUCUUAUUGGUUAUGUGGCUUCCAAUCAAA